ACCAUAGAUAGAUUGAUACAUCGUAUUCCUUAGUAGUGAUACAUAAAUAAUCACAGAUUCUAUAUAAUUACCCUCCUUAGGACUAACAAAGUGACAUAUAAUCAAUGGGUGCAUGUCUUUCUUGUCUUCAACACACAAACGAUGAUGAAUAUAACGAAACUACAUCCUUAUUAAGGAAUCAAGACAAUCAGUAUACCAGUGACUAUGUUCAAGAAGAGCAAAUACUAAAACAACAGCAACGACAACAAGAGUUGGCAUCGAUUGUGAAUGAGUUAUCUGAUAAGCUUAUUGAUGUCACCUCGUUUUUAAGUGGUGGACCAUCCCAAAGUCAAAUGUCAAUCACAAACUCACCCAAUGCAAACCCAAAGAUAAAUAAUGAUACUAUAUUAAGUGAAAAUGACAUGAAUGAUAGCCAUAUAACCACAAGCAAUGAAUAUGACCAAGGAAAGACCUUCCCUUAUAUUUACAAUAAUAUCGAUAAAAACGCCGUAAUACAAGCAGCCGAAGACUUGGAUGAAGAGACUAGAGAAGCUUGCCAAGUUAAAUUGCUGGACCCAUUGUACUUGAAGUUUUAGGUUAUAUAUAUUGCUUAUAAAUAGAUGCAAGGCAAUUUUGUUGUGCCGCAUAAAUAUAAAGAAUAUUUGU